AUGGACAUAUGUUUGAAUAUAUUGGUUAAGCCAUUGGUUAUAUUCCCUGAAUUUUGUAUUUAUACAUUGGGUAUACUUGAUAAUUUAUUUCAAGAACUUCAAAUAUUUCUUUAUAUAUUUUCUGUUGGGGAAACUGGAGUAUCUUGUAUUUGUAUAAUGGAAAAUCGUUAUCAUCAUAUUAAAAAUAUUCGCAUGCGCCCAGUGAUUGCACAACUUCUAAUUUAUUUUGGAAACUUAUCAGUGGCAAUUGUUUUGAUUUAUUCUCUUCAUAUUGACAUUCCUGAGCAGCAGAGUGCUCUUGUUAAAGUCUUCAAGAAUCUUCCAAAUCUACCUAUUAUAUUUUAUGAGUUAAAACCACCAUUUGUUUUAUCACUCAAUCAAAUUUCCGCACUUUUGAAAUUCACUUUUGUUGGAAUCACCCUGAUUGGACAGUUCUUUAUAUUAUUUGCUGGCACAUUCUAUGAAUUAUAUAUGAUUACAAAUUUUUCAAUGAGCCACGCAACAAGAAAGUUGCAAAAAGCAUUGUUCAUAGAUGUAUCAAUACAAAGUCUUGUUCCAAUUCUUUGCAUGAUUUUUCCAUUUUUCUAUUUUGUUAUGGCAGGAAUUAAUAAUUAUUUCAACCAAGGAAGAACUAAUAUUGUUCUGUUGCUAAUCAAUUUACACGGAAUUAUAAGUGUUAUAACAAUGUUAUUAAUUCACAAACCAUUUCGACAAUUCAUAUUCUGUCAAAAUUCUAAAAUGUCGGAAAAACGUCGAAAAAGUGAAGCUGGAAUUGUAUCAUUAGCUUGGAUGGACAGAAGAAGUACUAUCUAA